AUGGAGCAAAGUACACUCGCACGUCGUGGAGUCGGUCUUCGUGGCCUCGACCCUGACUUGGUAUGCCCAGGUUAUCUUCUCUAUGCCCACCUCACCAGCCCGGGCACCGUUCGGUUGAUUGCGAAUGAUGGAAUGGAGGUACACCGCUGGAACAUCCCUUACCGACCUGGGCGUCAUGCUCGCAUCCUCCCCAACGGAAACCUAGCUUACAACGGCGUUCACCCUGAUGGGCCAAAUUUAUUUCCCAUGUGGCAGAAGUACCGCGGCGGAGUAAUGAUGCAGGUCGAUCCCGAUGGCAAGGUCGUGUCUGAAUAUCGGGAUCCGCUGGCACAUCACGACCAGCACCACCUCGACAAUGGCCAGAUCCUUUAUACGACACUGGAGGCUCUCACCUCAGAACAAGCCGGGACAGUGCCUGGCGGCAUUCCUUCCUCCGAAGCGCCAGACGGGAACGUCUACGCAGACUGUAUCAAGCUCGUGGAUCCUACCGAUGACGGCAAAGUUCUAUUCCACUGGCGCGCCAUCGAACACCUUGACCCUGCAAAGUUCCCUCUCCAACCGCACUACGCGCGAGAACAUUGGCCACUUAUCAACAGCGUGCACCUGCUCAGAGACGGCAACAUCCUCGCAUCCCUCCGAAGCGUGUCGGCAGUCGUCAUCAUCUCUCGUGAAACCGGCGACGUCGUCUGGCACCUCGACAGCACGGUAGUGGCCCAACAGCACUGUGCAAGCGAACUCGAAGAAGACGGCAGCAUCCUGAUCUUCGACAACGGCACCUUCCGUCACCAAGAGAGCUCGGCCUAUUCCCGCGUGAUCCAGGUCGACCGGGCGACGAAGGAGAUCGUGUGGGAGUACCGCGACCGGUCCUUUCCGGGCGCCUUCUUCACCCCUUUUAUGGGCGGCGCGCAGCGCCUGCGGAACGGCAACACGCUCAUCACCGAGGCGGUGUUUGGCCGCAUGUUCGAAGUGACGCCCGACGGCAGCAUCUGCUUCGAGUACAUCAACCCGCAUUUUGCGGACUACAAGCAGCUGAACGCGCCCGGGCUGGAGGAGAUCGGCUUCGACUAUCCCGCCAACGCGGUCUUCAGGGCCUACAAGUACACGCCGGACCAAGUGCCCUGGCUGCGCCUGCCGAAUUAA